AUGGACGCCGCAAAAUUAUUAAGUCUCUUAAGGACAUGUAUCAUUUCCAAGUCGCUGAAGCAAGGCAAGCUCAUCCACCAAAAGAUGCUCACUCUGGGCUUACAGAACGACCAUGCCCUCUGCAAAAACCUCAUAAACUUUUACUUCUCUUGCCAUUUUUGUGACAGGGCAAAGCUUGUUUUCCAAUCCAUCGAAAACCCAUCCAGUAUUUCCUUGUGGAAUGGCGUCAUGACAGGUUUCACGAAGAACCACAUGUUCGUUGAGGCUCUUGAGCUCUUUGAAAGUUUGCUGCGUUACCCUUAUAUUGGUCCUGAUAGUUACACUUAUCCAAGUGUUCUUAAGGCCUGUGGUGCAUUGGGUCAAGUUGGUUUUGGGAAAAUGAUCCAUAACCAUUUGAUAAAGACUGGUUUCGUAUCAGAUAUUGUGAUUGCCAGCUCUCUUGUGUGCAUGUAUGCUAAAUGCAACGUGUUUGACUGUGCUAUACGGCUGUUUGAUGAAAUGCCUGAGAGGGAUGUGGCAUGUUGGAAUACUGUAAUUUCUUGUUAUUAUCAAGAUGGGCAAGCUCAAAAGGCAAUGGAAUUGUUUGAAAAGAUGAGGAACUCUGGCUUUACGCCUAAUUCAGUAACGCUGACAACCGUUAUUUCAUCAUGUGCAAGGCUUUUUGAUUUGGAGAGAGGUGUGACAAUUCACAAGGAGUUGAUAAAAGAUCGGUUGGUUUUGGAUUCUUUUGUUACUUCUGCUCUUGUGGACAUGUAUGGAAAAUGCGGAUGUUUAGAUAUGGCUAAAGAUGUUUUUGAGCAAAUCCCAAUAAAGAAUGUGGUUGCUUGGAAUUCUAUGAUCGCAGCAUACAGUGUAACUGGCGACAGUAUAUCUUGUAUCCAACUUUUUAGAAGGAUGAAUCAUGAAGGAACGAGUCCCACUUUAACUACUUUUAGCAGCAUAUUGUUGGCCUGUUCAAGGUCAGCCCAACUGCUUCAUGGAAAAUUCAUACAUGCAUUCAUGAUAAGAAACCUUAUAGAGGCUGAUAUCUACAUUUACAGCUCACUUAUUGAUCUCUAUUUCGUGUCUGGAAGUGUGUCAUCAGCUAAAAAUGUCUUUGAAAAGAUGCCUAAGACAAAUACAGUUUCCUGGAAUGUUAUGAUUUCUGGAUAUGUGAAAGUGGGUGAUUAUUUUGGGGCUCUGGCCAUAUAUGAUGACAUGAAAGAAGCUGGUGUAAGGCCAAAUGCCAUCACAGUAACUAGUAUCUUAUCGGCUUGUUCACAACUAGCAGCACUGGAAAAGGGUAAGGAGAUUCACAGAACUGUAAUUGAUAGUGAGUUUGAAACCAAUGAAAUAAUGAUGGGGGCUCUCCUUGACAUGUAUGCUAAAUGUGGUGCAGUGGAUGAAGCACUUAAUGUUUUUAAUAGAUUACCAGAUAGAGAUCUUGUUUCAUGGACCUCCAUGAUCACUGCUUAUGGAUCUCAUGGUCAAGCUUUAGAAGCUUUAAAGCUUUUUGGUGAAUUGCAGCAAUCCAAUGCAAAACCUGAUGGAGUUACUCUUCUUGCAGUUCUAUCUGCUUGUAGCCAUGUGGGGCUAGUUGAUGAAGGUUGUCACUAUUUCAAUCAAAUGAUCACCAGCUAUGGAAUUAAACCUAGAAUAGAACAUUACUCUUGCUUGAUAGAUCUUCUUGGACGUGCUGGAAGAUUGAAUGAAGCUUAUGAAAUUCUCCAAAGAACUUCAGAAAUUAGGGAGGAUGUUGACUUGUUAAGCACACUAUUUUCCGCAUGUCGUUUGCAUAGAGAUCUAGAUUUGGGUGUGAAAAUUGCAAGAUUGCUAAUUGAGAAGAAUCCCGAUGAUCAUUCAACUUAUAUCAUGUUAUCAAAUACUUAUGCUUCUGUCAAAAAAUGGGAUGAGGUAAAGAAGGUGAGAUUGAAGAUGAAAGAAUUGGGAUUAAGGAAAAAUCCAGGGUGUAGCUGGAUUGAGAUUAACAAGAAGAUCCACCCUUUCUUUGUCGGAGACAAGUCCCACCCACAAUCAGAAAUGGUAUGUGAAUGUCUCACAUUUCUUGCCAGUCACAUGGAGAGAGAUGAGCUGCUUUCAAACUGAGCAGCAGGCAUGGGUUAUACUAUAUAGAAGCAUUUACUUGUAUACUUCACUGGAGAAUAAACGGAUAUGGUCAGAAUCCCUCGUAUAGGAUCCAUAGAACUUUGUGUUCCUUCAGAGGGCAAGGAGAUAUGAUAUGGAACUUUGGUUCUUUGAUUUAUAGCAGAUUUGGUUAUGGGCUAAUUCAAAGGUAGAGGUGACUUCUUUGCUAAUUGGCAGCUGUGCUGAAACAAGGAUGUUAUCCUUGGGGCUUAAGAUGAAUG